AUGGAUCUCUUUGCGUUUCUCCUUGUGAGUUUCGCGAUAACAGUUCUGCGCCUGUUCUAUGAGCAUUACCGUGAUCGAAAACUGCCUCCAGGGCCUCCCCGACUUCCAUUCGUCGGCAACCUUCUCCAGAUGCCUUUGAAGCGCCAGUGGUUGAAAUUCGACGAAUGGAGUCGCAAAUACGGUCCCAUCUUCUCCCUCAACCUGGCUGGGUCUGUGUAUGUCGUUAUUUCCGAUCCUCAGAUUGCGUGCAGAGUCCUGGAAAAGCGCUCGGCCAGCGACCGGCCGCGCAUGGUAAUGUUUCAAGAUCAUGUGGGAAAGGGGAUGUACAAUGCCUACGGAAUGUACCAUGAGGGCUACCGACUUCAUCAGCGCAUGCAAGGCCCUGUGAUGAGCCGUCGGGCCGCGCAGACAUAUUCUUCCGUGCAGGACCUCGAGACAAAGCACACCCUGUAUGAAAUGUUGUCCUCCAACGACUAUAAGAAGCUGUAUACGCGGUUCAACGCCAGCGUCAUCUUUUCGCUAGUCUAUGGGAAGCGCAUUAUCACAGGCGAGGAAACUGAACUGCAGGAGUGGCUGCAGAGACAUCACAAUUUCACCAUGGUGACCGCCUCCCCGUGGCUGGUGGACUUUUUCCCCGUCUUGGACCACAUUGUUCCCAGAUUCCUCGCUCCUUGGAAGAAGAUCGGAGACGAGAUAGCCUCGUUUGAAUCCCGCGUAUUACUCAAGCACAUGAAGAUGGGUCUCCAAAGUUCCUCCUGGAACUGGGCCAAGGAAUUUACCGCCUCCCCUGAAGGUCGGCAAGUCAGUCCACUCCAGAUCGCCUACGAUCUAGGUCUAUUAAUCGAUGCCGGGCUCGAAACCACCUCUACCAUCAUGGAAGUAUUCACCCUGGCGGCGAUCGUUGCCCCCGAAGCCAUGCGCAAAGCCCAGGAAGAACUGGAUCGUGUCGUUGGCCCUGACCGGCUGCCAUCGCUCGGGGACUGUGAGAGAUUACCCUACAUGUCAGCCGUGGUCGACGAAACCCAACGUUGGCGCCUCAUCAGUCCCCUCAUGUUCCCGCAUGGAAUGAUGGAAGAAGACACUUGCUUGGGAUAUACAAUCCCCAAGGGAGCAACCGUUUUCGCCCUCGGGUAUACCAUGUCACUAGAUGAGAGCAGGUUCGACAAACCCCUGGAGUUUCGCCCGGAGAGAUGGCUGGAGAAGGUUGAGAACGGUGGGUUCAAAAGUUUCUUUGGAUACGGGCGCCGGGGUUGCCCUGGUAGAGACAUUGGGAAAAACUCAUUAUUCUUAAUGUUCUCGCGCAUCCUAUGGGCCUACAAUGUUAAAAAUGGCGACUCCAAGGCUCCUGAUGACCGAGCCUCUUCGUCGGCGUUGAUCUCCGUUCCGCAGCAAUUCAAGGUCAUCUUCGAGCCUCGGAGCACUCAUCACCGUAUGAUGAUCGAAAGGGAAUGGAUCAAUGCCGAGAAGGAUAUCGACUUGUUGAUGCGGGAAAUCAAGGAGCGUCAGAUGAAGCUAGGAAUGGAUCGUGGAGGGUAG